ACCUCCACAUAUUCUCCGCAUUUUCAAACAUCAGCUCGCCGGAAAAAACCAAGUUCAUGGACUCCACUCCUCCGCCGCCGGAACCCAGAAACCGAACAAGAUCGUCUUCAAGGCGCUCCAAAAUUCGUCGAAUCAAUGUGGCUGCUGAAAUUUCCCCUUCACUCCCAAACCAAGAACUCUUUCUCAUCUCCCCUUCCCCAAAUCGGAGAACGAAGUCACGUUUACCGGAGAAUCUUGAAACUGUUGACCACGUCGCCGAGCCCGCCGGCGCUCGCCGGAGACGCAGGACCCGAAAUGCCUCUUCAGUUCUUGCUUCCCCUAGGAAUACCAGGAGACAAAGAAAGCGAGUAGAUCAAGAAACGAUGAGAGACUUUAACGAAUCAGAGGUCGGAGAUGGAGAGGAGGGCGUUCGGCGUAGAAAGAAGAGGCAAAUUGUCAUAUUCAUUUCUUUUGUACUUAUUCACAAUUUUUAAACAUGGGAAUAGCUUAAUGCACCCCU